AAUUAUAACAACCAUAUUACAUAAACUGUCAAAAGGGAAGAAAAAUUUUGCACGAUUCAGGAGGGACUACGACAAAUCCUGAAAUAAUUGUACAUAAUGGCAGCCUUAAUCAGAAAUUUUGGCUUAAAAUUGAUUACACAAGUUGGUGUUAAAAAUGGUAUGUCAUCUGCUGCUACAAAUGUUGGUGCAAUGCGUUUAGCCAGUUCUGCUGCCGAUGGACAAAAAGCAGACAAACCCACAAUUCGUAAACCAGAUGAGGCUGCGCGUACUAGCCUAUCGGAUUUCGGUCGUUAUGUGGCCGAAUGUAUGCCCAAAUAUGUGCAGAAAGUACAACUGACGGCUGGCGAUGAAUUGGAAGUUCUUAUCGCUCCCGAAGGUGUUGUACCAGUACUGCAAUUCUUGAAGGAUCAUCAUCAGGCACAGUUUAGUAAUCUUAUAGAUAUUGCCGGUAUGGAUGUACCUACACGUAAAUAUCGUUUCGAGGUUAUCUACAAUAUUCUUUCAUUGCGUUACAACUCUCGCAUUCGUGUCAAAACCUACACCGAUGAGUUGACUCCGUUGGACUCUUGCAAUGAAGUCUUCAAGGCUGCUAACUGGUAUGAGCGUGAAAUCUAUGAUAUGUAUGGUGUAUUCUUCGCCAACCAUCCCGAUUUACGUCGUAUUCUUACCGAUUAUGGUUUCGAAGGACACCCACAACGUCGUGACUUUCCUUUAUCUGGUUAUGUUGAGUUACGUUAUGACGAUGAGAAGAAACGUGUUGUCUGUGAACCUUUGGAGUUGGCUCAAGAAUUUAGAAAAUUCGAUUUGUCUGCCCCUUGGGAACAAUUCCCUAAUUUCCGUAAUGCUAACCCUCCUGCGGAGAUUGUUGAAGGUGAAAAGAAGAAGUAAAGAAAAUUAUAUAUAUGCUAUGUUGGUCGAAAUUAAAAAUAUUUGUUAAAAUUUUGAAAAUAAACAUUUAAGGCCUGCUAAUGAAUAUAUUCGGCCACAAGUCAA